AUGGCAUGGCAUAAUGGAGAACAAUCUACUGAGCUUCUUCAUGCUCAAGCUCAUGUAUGGAAUCACAUACUGAACUUCAUAAACUCAAUGUCUCUCGAGUGUGCAACUCAGUUAGGCAUACCGGAUAUCAUCCACAAGCAUGGAAAACCAAUGACACUGGAGGAAUUAGUCGAUGCCCUCCCCAUCAACAAAGCAAAAUCUCAAGGCGUCUCCCGCCUAAUGCGAAUUUUAAUGAAUUUGGGGUACAGAUCCGGUUUUGACAGAGCCAUGGCAUCAUCUAGUGAAUGGUUUGAAAAUGAGAAUCCCACGCCAUUUGAUACUAAACAUGGGAAGACGUUUUGGGAGUAUGCUGGACAGGAGCCAAGGUUGAAUAACUUCUUCAAUGAAGCAAUGGCUAGUGAUGCAAAGUUGGUGGCUAGUGUGCUUAUUAGUGAUUGUAAACAUUUAUUCGAAGGUCUGAAUUCAAUUGUAGAUGUGGGCGGUGGAACAGGAACUGUGUCCGAGGUUAUUGUUGAUGCAUUCCCAAACUUGAAAUGCACUGUGCCUGAUCUUCCACAUGUUGUUGCCGGCUUGUAA